AGUUGUUAUCUAGAACAAAGAGGAAAAGGGAAGAAAAUAAAACUAAGGAAAUGAACGUUGAAUAUUUUCAAGAAGGACUCGACUGCCUCAUGUACUGCGGCAUAAAAUUAACACCCGAGCAAAAAAUGUUAAUAGAAAAUUCUCUUAUAGUUUUGCAAAAUGAAAAUCGUUUUGCAGACAUGUAUUUUUGGGGUCGCAUAAAUGGUAUUGUAAAAGAUUAUUAUAUAGCAUUUGGUUAUAAAAGAGAUUGCCUAAGGGAUCGCAAAUAUUUCUUUAGUACUGAUGGCUAUCAGUGGCUAAUGUUACCUUUCGUACAUAAUCCAAAGACUUUUCAAGCUACAAUGUUGUGUCCUGAACACUUUACAGGUGAUCCUAGUCUAAUAACACCUGUCAAAUUGGAUCCAAUUUUCGAAACAGAUGCCAAUCAAGUAAUUUCGACCAGCCUACCGGAAGAAAUUCACCUAAAGGAAGAGGACCGUCUAGCUGCAAUUGUUUUCAUCAUAACUGAAGAAUGUGCAAUUUGCCCGCGAGGAUCUUUGUACAAACUAACAGAUGGCUGUGUUGUCCCCAAUCAAAUGUUUCGCGGCUUGAAUAAUUUACAGUGUGAAGACCUUUCAUAUUAUCAAAUAUAUCGUUUGCCACGAAAUGAUCUCAAAAUUAACCUAUCAAAACGGUCCGAUUACAAUUAUCCUAUAGACUUUUUGGAUUCCGUUGAGUAUGUCAUACCAAAAGGACAGGCAUUUUCAUUAAACUUACAGCGCAACGAUCGUCUAGUAAUUAUAAAAUCUUGCAUUUGGUUGGGUAUGACAUUCUUUCAUAAAAUUAACUCGCAAAAGCAGGGCUUUCUUUAUAUUGGAGAUGGAAAGAAAAACAACGAUUUGUUGUUCAUGUUUUAGGAUAAUAAUUAGAUUAGUCAAUCGU